GGAGUAAUAUCGGGCGUGCUGGUUUUUCUAGUAUUCUGCAUGCUCAAUUUUCGGGAUGGGCCCUUUCGAAGACCCCACCCCGCCUUUUGGCGCGUUGUAUUGGGCUUGAAUUUACUUUAUUUUAUGGUCCUGGCAUUUCUAUAUUGGACAGAUAAAACAACAGCACGCGAAUUUGUACGAUACUUUGAUCCUUCGCUGGGAAAGCCCUUGCCAGAGAAAAGUUAUGGAGAAAAUUGUGAAUUUACUCCAAAAAAUGUAUGGGAUGGUAUCGAUAUUUUCUGCCUGGCGCACAGUUUGGGAUGGUUUGGAAAGGCAGUGGUACUCAGAGACCAUUGGUUUUGCUGGAUCCUUAGCAUCGGUUUUGAAAUCAUGGAAUAUUCACUUCAACAUCACCUACCUAACUUCGCGGAGUGUUGGUGGGAUCACUGGCUCCUGGAUGUCUUGAUAUGCAACUGGGGUGGACUUUGGUUGGGCAUGAAGACUUGUGAAUGGCUCCGCGUCUCACCCUUUUCUUGGCGAGGGUUGAGGCCUACUGCCACCUCAUUGAAAACUCGCCAUCGUGCAAAGGAUGCUGCUAAACAAUUCACACCCUAUGAUUGGACCGAAUUUCGGUGGGAAGGUACCAAGCAUUUCCGCAACUAUAUAUCGACGGUGGCACUCUUGACGGUGUUCUUAUUGUCCGAGUUGAACGUGUUUUACCUCAAAUCAUUGUUAUGGAUCGCACCCGAGCACCCGCUCGUCAUCAUUCGACUGGCAGCGAUGUUUCUCUGGGCUUUGCCAGCAGUUCGAGAAUUCUAUGACUACGCUACAUAUAUCAAGAGAGUCAAAAGAAUGGGUUCCCAUGCGUGGUUACUAAUGGCUACAAUAUUUCUGGAAUCGCUGAUCAUUGUCAAAUGGUCGAAAGGCGAAUUUCCUGAGCCUAUGCCAAAGCCGGUGAAACUUUUCUGGACUUUGGCAAUUACUCUUUUGAUUCUUUAUCCGACAAUUAAAUUUGCUAUCCCGGCUUGGAGAAACCGACAAAGAAAAAAACUGCACUCUCAUUGA